UCGCCGGGCUCCACAGCGGCAUCAGUCAACGAUCGUUCUCUGUGUUCUACGACGACAAAAAUCAAAAAAUUAAAUAAAUAAAUAUGUUCAAGAAACCAAAAAUGAUUGUUUUCCAAGCCGUGAUGAUUUGCGUCAUCUUGGGCAUGGCUCACGGCUCGCCGCUUAAAUCCUUUACCCGUCAGCCUGUGGCUCAUCAACGGGUCGCGGUCGCACGGGUGGGAGUUCCCCUAAUCAAAAGUGAUGAUGUGAACGCCGUUGUGGUAUCCCGAUCGGAUGAUGUGCGUCCCGAUGGAUUCGAUACAAGCCUGGACACCUCCAAUUCUAUCAGUAGCAUCGCCAGCGGCGAUGCUUACGGCAACAUCCACGGCUCCUUCGGCUGGAUCUCGCCCGAAGGCAAGCACAUCCAGAUCUCCUAUGUUGCCGAUGAGAAUGGCUAUCAGCCACAGGGCGACGUUCUGCCCACUCCCCCACCAGUGCCAAUCGAAAUCCAGCGCGCCCUGGAUUAUAUUGCUGCACAUCCUCCAGCGCCCGAGGGCCAAAUUGUGAGGAAAGCAAUAUUUGGCUAAUCAGCUAUGAUUAAAUAAUAACUCUAAAAAA